AUGCUCUUUUAUCUUUUAUCCCUUUUUUUUCACUUAUUUUUCUUGAAUUAUUUUUCUUUUUCUUUCGAAUCUUCUUUUCUCUCGCUCUUUCUUUAUUUAUUUCCGUUUUUUCUGCCUUCCAUUAAAAAAAAAUCUGAUACUUCAUUUUUCUUUCUUUUUCUUGUUUACAUUCUUCUUCGUCUUCUUCUUCUUCUUCUUCGUCGUCGUCUUCUUCUUCUUCUGCUUCUUCGUCUUCGUUUUCUUCUUCUUCGGCUUCUUCUUCUUCGUAUUCGUCUUCUUCUUCUUCUUCUUCUUCUUCGUCUUCUUCUUCUGCUUCUUCGUCUUCGUUUUCUUCUUCGGCUUCUUCGUCUUCGUUUUCUUCUUCGGCUUCUUUUUCUUCGUAUUCGUCUUCGUCUUCUUCUUCUUCGUCUUCGUCUUCUUUUUCUUCUUCUCUUCGUCUCCUUCUUGUUCUUCGUCUUCUUCUUCCUCGUCUUCUUCUUCUUCUUCUUCUUCUUCUUCUUCUUCUUCUUCUUCUUCUUCUUCGUAUUUUACAACCUGAGAAAAUUGACUGAAAAGUCAUUAAAUAGAAGAAAACCAGCCUUAUCUCUCUCUCUCUCUCUCUUUCUCUCUCUUAAUUCUUCUGCCGCCCAAAUUUCGCUUUCUUUUAUUUUCCUUCUCCUCUCUUUCUCUCUCUUAAUUCUUCUGCCUCCCAAAUUUCGCUUUUCUUUUUCUUCCUUCUCCUCUCCUUCACCUCUUUUAUCUCCCGUCUCUCCAACUUCGCUUUCUUUUUCUUCUUUCUCUUCUUCAUUAUUCCUCCUCCUCCCCGCUCUUCAUUCUUCUUCUUCUUUUUUCUUCUUCUUCUUUCUCAUUCUUCUCUUUUUUCUUUUCCCAUCUUUCAACUUCUCCUUUUUUACUCCUCCUUCUGUCCUGUCUUUUCUUUUCUUUCUUCUUUCCUUCUUUUGUUUUCCUUCUCCUUUUAUUCGUCUUCUUUCUUCUCAUCCAUUUUUUCUUUUCUCCUUUUCUUUGCUCCUCGUCUUCUUUUUCUUCUUCUCCCCUCACCCUUUUGUCUUUUCUCCUACAUUAUUUCUCUCCUCUUUUCUCCUCCUCCUCAUAUGCUCUUCUUCCUCUUCUUUCUUCCUCUUCUUCUUUCUCCUUCUCUCAUAUGCUCUUUUUCCUAUUCUUUCUUCCUAUUCUUUCUCCUUCUCUCAUUUCUCUUCUCCUCCUCCUCUUUUCCUCCCCCUUCUUUUGCUAUUUCUCCUCUUCCUUUCUCCUUCUUCUCUUUUCCUCCCCCUUCUUUUGCCUUUUCUUCUCUUUGUUCAUUUCUGUACCAAAAUUGGUUCUAUUUAUCUAUAUAUCUUUCUAUCUCCGACUUUACAUUAUCUAUCUAUCUAUCUAUCUAUCUAUCUAUCUAUCUAUCUAAUGAAUGAAAUACAUGUAUGUCAACAUCUAUCUAUCUAUCUAUCUAUCUAUCUAUCUAUCUAUCUAUCUAUCUAUCUAUCUCCCGGGAAAUCCGGCUGA